AAUCGGGGGCACUCGCGAAUGCGGGCAAAGCAGCAGGGUCUACUACAGUCGCAGAUGGGUCGUACGGCAAACGCAUGGCAUACGCUGCAGACGCUUUUUCCUCCCUAGCAAAGAGCAGUCCAUUUUGUAGGGUUGCACCACGUUCGUCGUAGAGGAUUGGUUGCUUCAGAGAAACAGCAUGCGUUGAGAACAAGUUGAAACUCAGGCUCUCUACAACAGAAACGUCAGUAAGCUUCACACACAUCGUUGUUUUCCUACCAUUCUCAUCCUCCUGAAAGAAACUAAGGUUAAUGCUACCGAUGGCUUGCACUUCUAGCGGUCGACUAUCACCUACAACGACAUACUCCCUGCUGGCGGGGAUCUCUUGCAGGUCAUACAUGUGCAGGCUGCUGUUGGUGAAACUGUUGCUGGCUCCUGAGUCAGCUACCCAUCUCUCGCUACCAGGCGGCCCCUCACUAGAUUUCACACUCAGCAAAGACGAAGCAGACGCAGCAGACUCUACUCCAAUCGUCACUCCCAUCCUACUGAAAAAAUCUUCAGGGGGCCGGGAGCGCGGGUGUGUUCACCUGGACCUGUGUGGACCGCUGGUGCCAUCCCCGGGCGGCAACCUCUACCUGUUCGUCGCGCUCGACAGCGCCUCGCGGUGGAACAAGGUCUACGGUCUCCGGCGGAUAUCCGACGCGCUGGCGGCAACGAAAAGGCUGCUGGCGGACGUGGGGCGGUACGACCUCGGGCGCAUCGAGUGCUUCCGGAUCGACAACGGCACCGAGUGGACCCGGGGCGAGUUUCGGCGUUUCUGCGACGACAACGGCAUCGGUGUCGAGUUCACCCCGCCUGGCGUCCCGCAGUACAACGGCGUCGUCGAGAGCGCCAUCUGGCGCAUCAUGAAGGCCGGCAUGGCCGCUCGCCGCAGCGCUGGCCGUAUGCUCAACGCUAACCCCGGGCGGCGCUCGCCGCACGAGACGUUCACCGGCGAGCAGGGACCGUUCCGCGUGCUGCCGUUCUUCCAGCCCGUCUUCAUGCGUGAGGAUCGCCGCACCAAGCUCGACGACCAGGCCACCCUCUGCUACUACCUGAACGGCGGCGACAACCACCCGAGCGGCACCGUCAAGGUCCUCAAGGCGUCCACCGGCCGCGUCGUCUACACCAACAACGUGUCGUGGAUGACGUCGGCGCUAGCCGGCGAGGGGGGUUCCGCUGGUAUCCCCGCUGCGCCGACGCCUCCUCCGUUCACGCCGGUCGUCUCGAUCAACUUCGGCCCAGCCCCGACACAAUCGACCGCCGCACCGCCGCCGCCAGCGCCUACGCCCACGCCGUCGCCCGCACCCGCUCCUGGCCAGCCGCCCUCUGCCGCAACGCCGUCAUCGUCGGCGACCCCCGCUCCUGGGCAGACUCCCUCUGCGGCAUCGCCGUCACCGUCGGCGACCCCCGCUCCUGGCCAGACUCCUUCUGCCGCAUCGCCGUCACCGUCGGCGACCCCAUUUCCAGUUCAGCUACCGCCGUUGCCGCCGCCGCCGCCGCCGGGCCCCGCGUUGCCCCCGCUCUCGGCUCACGCCAUGCGGCAGCUUCGCCCGGGCAAGAAGGCCGGGGGUAUGAAGGACCCGCGGCUGCCAGGCCGCACGAGAUCGGGCACGAGGCACAGCACAGGGCUCAUUUCGAUGAUGGACAAGAACACUCUGGUAUCGAUGCUGGAGGCCCAGAGCGCGGUGGAGGAGGAGCGCAGGGAGCCGGGGGGAGCGGGGACAGGAGAGCCGGGGGGAGCGGAGGCCGGAGAGCAGGGGGGAGCGCUCGCAGCCGUGGACCCGGGGGCUGGAGGAGCGGGCUUACCACUUGCAUAUGCCACGCUCCUCGCCAACCGGGAAGACAUCGACGCCAUGCUGCGCGACCAGCGCCCACCGGAGCAACGCCCUGGUCUCCCGCACUGCCAGGCGAGCGACCUUCGCAUCCCCAAGAGCUACAACAAGGCUAUGGCGUCGGAGCACCGGCACCUCUGGGGCGACUCGAUGAAAAGGGAGUUUUUCGAGUUGCCGGAAGCGGGGACUAUAUUCAAUUGGAAGGCAGAUGAGUUUGGAUGGCCCACAAAGGUCAAGGCGAGACUUGUAGCGAGAAGUGACAUGCAGAUAGAGUACAUUGACUUUGGAGAGUUGUACGCGCCUACCGUUUCUGUUUCGUGUGUCAGGAUGUUGGCAGCGGUGGCGUGUGAGUUGAACCUCGACGUGUGUCAUUUUGAUAUUGAGCAAGCUUUUGUGCGUUCGGAGUUGGAAGAAGACGAAUACAUGCGAUUGCCGCAGGGAUGUGGAGCUCUAUCUGGAAUGAUUGUAAAACUAGGCAAGAGUCUGUAUCGCUUGAGACAGACAUCUACGCAGUGGCAUGCAAUGCUGAAGAGGUGUUGGGUUGCGUUGGGAUUGAAGCAGUGCAUGGCCGAUGCUUGUGUGUUUCGAUUGAUUGAAGGCGGGCUGACGACUUCUCAGCAGACUUUCACGGAUGAGCUAGCAGCAGAAUAUGGAGUAGCAGGGGGAUCUUCGAUGUGGCUGGCGACUAAGACUAGGCCAUACAUUGCGAAUGAAGUAAGGGCAAUAGCUAGAUAUUGCGCGUCUCCAAAGCAGGUGCACUGGGAUGCCGCGAUGGGUAUAUUUGGCAAUGCGAAGAGGACGAGUUACAUGGGUGUUUCAUUUCAGAGAGGUACGGUAGAAGGAUUCAGCUUGCAGCGGUACGCUGAUGCGGACUUUGUAAGCAAGGCAGCAGACCGUACGUCGGUAUCAGGGGGGAUAGUGACAUGCGGAGGAGGCGCUUUGUCUUGGUUUUCAAGAACGCAGAAGUGCGUUACGCUUUCGACAACAGAAGCAGAGUAUGUCGCGCUUGGCGAUGUAGUGAACGAGAUUUUGAGGCAGGUUUGGCGAUUUAUGUUGCCGAAAGUCAGCAUGCCUUGCAUCCCAGUCUUCGAGGACAACCAGGGGGCGAUUCAACUAGCGCAGAACCCCAUCUCGAACUCGAUCUCGAAGCACAUUGAUGUAAGGCACCAUUUUCUCAGGAAGUUGGUAGGAGAUUUCGGUGAGCCACGUGCCGUCUCCGUACCAGCGUGCAGACUUUCUUGCGAAGAGUUUGCCCAAGGAUGCGUUCGAGUCUCACCGUGA